GUUCAGCUGAACGGCUCAUAGUACCAAGUUAUAUGUGUUCGGAUAAGUUAGAACAAAAUGACUACGAACAUUAUUUUUCUGAUCAUAUACCUGUGGUUUAUUCCUUGGAUUGCAGAAGUCAGUAGUGAUACUGUAAAGAGUGUGUCGAAAUGCGAGGAUAAAUCCCCAAAUUGUGAGAAAGGCUAUAAGAACUUAUGUAAGAAUUUCACAGAAUUCGCACUGGUUUACUGUCGUAAAUCUUGUAACUUCUGCAAAGCUUGCGAGUUUCCACCACCAAUACCACCAAACGGGAAAGUUACAUUAAGCGAAAAUAAUGUUUUUACGGCUUUCUACCAGUGCGACCUGGGAUAUUAUCGUUCUAGCGGGGAUUCUGAACUGAAAUGUAAAGAAGGAUUAAAUCCAGGCAACUGGACUGGUAAAUUGCCGACUUGUUCACCAGUGCUUACAGUAACUUGUAGUAACUCGAACAUAACUGAGUCCUGCACUCGAGUUUCCCAUGCUAAAUGUGCUGGAGACAAUAACGUGUGCUCGUGUGAACCAGGAUUUGAAAUUUCAGGCAGCAACACUUCAUGCAAAGAAGUGCACUAUAAAUCCUGCUAUACAAAUUCUACUUGUAUGACACUGGAACGCUCCCUUUGUCACAAAACACCAACGUCAACUCUUGCACCACUGAUCACAAUGGCACCACAGGAGACUCUCGUACAAGGACAUUGUGAAUGUGAAACAGGAUUCUUCUACAACCAGUCGAGUUUCUCCUGUACUGCAGUGCUCGCAAAAGUAUGUAGUGAAGUAAACGUAAGAAAGUCAUGUACUGAAGUUGACCAUGCGAUGUGUCCUGAAGACAGCAAAGAAUGCGUCUGUGAACCAGGAUUUGAAAUAUCUCCCGACAGUACUUCAUGCCUGGAGGUGCAUAAUAAAACCUGUGAAGAUUUUGGUAAAAAAUCACCCUGUAAGAAUUUAAAACACGCCUUGUGUUAUGAAGUAGAGCAACCCAUUACAAAGAUAUUUACUACAACAUUACCAUCUCCGGCUCCUUCAUCCCCAGGACGAUGCGAAUGUGCAGCAGGAUUCUACUACAACCAGUCGAGUUUCUCCUGUAUGACAGGAUGCCAGUUACCUAACACUGACAUCACGUUUACAAAGUUUGUGGAACAAAAUGGAAACAUCGCAUUAUACCAUCAGCAAGCUACUGUUCAAUAUCAAUGUAGAGAUGGAUAUGAAUUUCAGUCUGGUACUAAUACAACUAAAACUUUAACAUGCACAGAUAAUGGGCAAUUCACAACCUUGGAGCACUGUCUUGAAAAAGACUGCGGGCCUGUUGGAGAAAUCAGUAACACAGAGACAAUCACAUUGUCUCCAACGAAAGAUACAACAUUUGGAUCAAAAGCAAUGGUCUCUUGUAUCCACGGCUACGUAGUUUCGGGCACAGAAAAUAAACAAAAUCAGUUUAGCAUGUCUUGUUCAAAAAAUGGAACAUGGCAGAUUAGAGAAGAUUGCGUUAGAAUAGACUGUGGCAACGUAAACAUCAAUAAUGCAGAUGAUAUACAUUUAUCUCCUGACAAUGAUACUAGACUGAAUGCAAAGGCGACUGUCACAUGCAAAAGUGGACAUGUUGUCUCUGGAGAAAAUAGGAAUACAAGUUUUGAAAUGCAGUGUACACCUAAUGGAACAUGGAGUACAGUUAAAGACUGCGUUAGGAUAGAUUGUGGAAAUUUGUCAACAUUGAACCUAUCAAAUUCUGUGGGCAGUCUUUCUGACAGUGAUACAAAAUACAAUUCGACCGCAAAUAUUAAAUGUGAUACCGGAUAUUACAACAAAAAUGCAAAUCAGACAGAAGGAAUUUCUACUGUUGACAUAAGGUGUGAUGAGAAUGGAAAAUGGACAAAUUUACCGACGUGUGUUCUAAAAGAUUGUGGAAGUUUGUCAUUAGUGGACAUACGAAAUGCAGAAAACAGAAUUCUUAACAGUGGUACGAAAUACAAUUCAACCGCAAAAGUAAGCUGUGAUAUCGGAUAUUACGAUCAAAAUAAAAAGCAGACAGAAGGAACUUCAACAGCUGAGAUAAAGUGUGGUGAAAAUGGAUCAUGGACAAAUUUACCGACGUGUGUUCGGAAAGACUGUCAUGCAGUGAGCAACAUUGGAAUAGACCAUGCAGGCAAUAUACGCGUACAUAAUGACACCAAGUACAAUUCAACAGCAGAUAUAGACUGUAUUGAAGGAUACUACAACGUCAAGGACACUCAAACGACUGGAAUAUCAACUACAACAAUUAUUUGUUCUGAGCAUGGAACAUGGAUGAAUUUAACAAUCUCCACCAUAUUUGAUGCAGAUUGUGGAACGUUAGACCAGCUGAAUAUAUCAAAUGCUAAACUGAGGCUCACUUUCACUGAUACAAAAUACCAGUCAAAUGCUGCUAUAACCUGUGAUACUGGAUAUACUGAUAAACAUAAAUCUCAGGCAGUGGAUACAUCAACAACCUUGAUCAAGUGUUCCGCCAAUGGAACAUGGACACAUUUACCAGAAUGUGUACGGAAAGAGUGCGGUAAUGUACACAAUAUCAGCAUAGUCAAUGCAGCCAAUAGACGUGUGCAUAAUGACACCAAGUACCAAUCUACGGCAGAGAUAUACUGUGAUGAAGGUUACUAUAUCAGCAAAGUCACUCAAACAAGUGGAAUUUCAACUACAACAAUCAGUUGUUCUGAGCAUGGAAUAUGGGUGGAUAUACCUACAUGUGAACGGAAAGAGUGUGGAGACUUAAGCCAGCUGAAUAUAUCAAAUGCAAAGGACAGGUUUACCAUUAACGACACGAAGUACAACUCGAUGGCAAAUAUUAGCUGUGAUGUGGGAUAUAAAGAACAGAAUAAAAGUCAAACAAAAGGGAUUACAAGCACUUCGAUAAGAUGUAACGAAAAUGGAACAUGGGGAAAUCAACCGACGUGUGUCAGGAAGGAUUGUGGUGACGUGUACAAUGUCAGCAUAAGCAAUGCAGACAAUAGACGCCUGCAUACUGACACCAAGUACAGUUCUACAGCAGAGAUAGAUUGUAACGAGGGAUAUUACAACAUAAAUGACACUCAGUCGACUGGGAUUUCAACUACAGCCAUUACUUGUUCCGAGUAUGGAACAUGGAUAAACAUGCCUAUGUGCGUACGGAAAGCUGUUUUAGGAAAGUACGACCACAGUGAAUUCCACUGA